AUGAUAUCCGCAGACGAUCAGCAUUCGGUUUCACCACCACCACCACCACCACCUUAUCCACUUGGCGCAGAUAUCUCACAUGAUUAUAAUUACAAUCCUUCAUCUGCUACCCACGUCCCAGAAGAACGGGGAAAAGAAGAAGAAGAGGAUCAAGCAGCAGCAGCAGCAGCAUUACGGAGACGAAGAUCUGAAGAAAGUGAUGAUAUGUAUGAUGAUCAUGUCAGUUUUCUCCGAACUGUUAAUGCAUUUCGAGCUUACAGAAAACAUGCAGUCUCCACACGUGAUGCUCGUUUAAAAAAUUUUAUGAAGUUUCAUCAACAACAUCACUUGUCUUAUUGUAUUGAUUUGGAUUCUUUGUUUUCUAGAUAUUUAGAUUGCAUUGAGACAAACAGUUCUUUCUUUGAAUCUAUAUGUAGAGCAUCAUCUGAACUAUUUGACAUUUAUUGGCCCAAUGGUACAACUGUACAGAUGGAUGAUGUUCCUCCACCAACUGCACUGGAUAUUGAUAAGGUGUUUUCCACACUUCGACAAUUUGUGCGGGAUUGGUCAGCGGAAGGGGCACCAGAACGCAAUUCUGUUUAUCUUCCUAUACUGGCCACAUUGGAGGAUUGUUAUCCCGAUCCGGCAACUCGUGGAAGUGUAAAAAUUCUCGUUCCUGGUGCUGGACUCUGUCGUCUUACUGUGGAAUUGGCCCUGCGUGGAUUCGCCGCACAGGCAAAUGAAUUCAGCUAUCACAUGCUUAUCGCCGGUCAUUACAUACAGAAUCAUGUUGUUUCUUCUUGUCAGCAUAAAAUUUGUCCCUACGUUGAUAACACCAGCAAUUUGGUAAAUCGUGAGGAUCAGUUUGUGGAUGUGCAUAUUCCUGAUCUCUGCGCUUCUGAAGCUGUGGAUAACCUCCGCGAAGGGCAACAACCAGCUUUUGGUGAACUCUCUAUGGUGGCAGGGGAUUUUACAGAAGUUUAUGCAAAGCAGCAUCAACGUAGGAGCUGGAAUGCUGUAGCCACAUGUUUCUUUAUUGAUACAGCCCAUAAUAUUGUGGAAUAUAUAGAAAUUAUUUACAAUUUGCUUGUACCAGGAGGGUAUUGGGUAAAUGUUGGUCCUCUGUUGUAUCAUUUUGCUGAUUCCUCUGAAGAUGUGUCAAUUGAACUUUCACUUGGAGAAGUUCUCGCCGUAGCCCAGCGUACUGGUUUCGUUCUUCUUUCUCCACCAAGAUUUAUUGACACAACUUAUACAAAUAAUCAUCGAAGUAUGAAACAACUUGUCUAUCAUUGUGCCUUCUUCCUACUGCAGAGACCCCUAACAGAAGCUAAAGAACGAGAUCAGCAACAGGGUUCUUUGACAGUCGAAAAGAUCUAA